AUGCAAAUAGACGGCUCUGCAUCUGUAACUUCUAUGCAAGAUUUGCAAAAAAAUGUAGAAUGCACCCAUCAAGUGUCUGAAUAUAACAGCACUCAGCAAUCUCCUACACCGCCGACACACGCAUCAUCUCAGGCUUUAACUGUUGUAUUGGGAGGAAACCAGCCUAAUACACCUCCGCCGUCAGAGCCUCCCCAAGAACUCCAGGCCAAUGACGAUCAAAGAAUUCGCCCACGGACUGAAAAGGCGUUAAUACUAGUUACUCUCUGUGCUUGCACUUUCCUCUCUGCCAUGGAAGUUACAGUGACUACUACUUCUCUACCGACUAUUUCUAAAUCUUUCACAUCUGAUGCCGGUUAUUCGUGGGUAGGCUCUGCCUAUCUCCUUGCUAAUGCCGCGUUUUCGUCGACAUGGGGAAAGGUGUCUGAUAUAUGGGGACGUAAACCCAUUGUAAUUCUUGCCGUUAGCCUAUUUGCCAUUGGCUCCUUGAUGGCCGGGCUAAGUGUCAACUUGGCUAUGCUUAUUGCUGCGCGAGCCUUGCAAGGAGUCGGUGGUGGGGGUAUGAUGGUGAUGGUCAAUAUUUGUAUUUCAGACCUAUUCAGCUUGCGCGAUCGGGCCAAGUACCUCGGAUUAACUGGAGUGGUUUGGGUUGUGGCCUGUUCGGUUGGGCCGAUCAUCGGAGGAGUUUUGACCGAAAGAAUCAGUUGGAGAUGGUGUUUUUUCAUAACUCUUCCCAUUAGCUGUGCAGCAAUUCCUGCCCUUUACUGCUUUCUCGACUUGCACAACCCGCGUACUCCGAUAAACGUCGGACUCAAAGCGGUAGACUGGAUUGGUUCCUUCCUUGUUAUUAGCGGGACAGUAAUGCUCUUACUCGGCCUUGAGUUCGGAGGAUUGGACUAUGCAUGGACUUCUAUCCAAGUUCUUAUUCUCCUGGUCUUUGGAUUUGCGACACUGGUCGGCUUUAUUCUUUAUGAAUGGAAAUUUUCAUUUAAUCCAAUCAUGCCACUACGUCUCUUUAAGCAUUAUAACAAUGUGGCUGCCCUCAUUGUUUGCUCUAGCCAAAGCUCGACGUUUGUAGCUGGCAUCUACUUCCUUCCAUUAUACUUCCAAGCCGUUCUUGGUGUUAAUCCUCUCCGGUCAGGCUUCUAUAUCUUACCUUUCGUUUUAACUCUCUCCGUGACUUCUGCUCUAACAGGUAUUUACGUCAAAAAGACAGGCCGAAAUAUCUCGACUAUUGUAUUUGGCCUCUUUUUCACUAUUAUCGGGUACAGUCUCUUCAUGGAUUUCGACCUCACUAACCACUGGGAAAAAACGAUAAUUUAUCAAAUUAUUGCUGGAGUUGGCGUUGGCCCAAACUUUCAAUCUCCUCUGAUAGCUCUACAGAGCACAACCCCCAAGAAAGAUAUUGCUGCUGCCACGGCCAAUUACAAUUUUAUCCGUCAUCUAUCCACUUCGAGUUCCCUAAUUCUUGGGAGUCUCAUUUUCCAGGGUGAGCUGCGGAAGCGUUGUCUAGCUAUAGUCUCUAAUCUUGGUGCAACCGCUGCUGAAGCCCUCUCAAAAAGCUCUGUAGGUACGAGCAUUGUAACAAUCCAAAACCUCUCUUCAGAACAGCAACUGCUGGCCAGGACAGCUGUUCUAGCGAGUCUCCGUAUAACGUGGUCAGGAUAUGUGGCUUAUUCAAGCCUGAGUUUAUUGACUAGUCUCGGAUUUUCUCCAAAUCGGCUCAAGCAGAGCCCAGUAGCCGAUACAGAAGCAGUAGAUGAAAAGAAGAAAGAUUUAUAUUUGCCGAAAAGUUAG